GAGAAAUUUCGAAGGAAAGGAAAAUCACCAGCAUGUCUGGAAACUGUGGUACAGGAAAUGAUCAGCAAAGGGCAGUUAAAAAGUCUCUCAGAAAUUGAAAGCACAAACUCGGAGGGUUGGUUGUCAUGGGGAUACAGUAAACUUGUGAAGAAGCCUAUUGGUUGGAGUAUGAAAUGGUUGUCUGGGCAACAAGAGAACAAUGUCAAGGACUCAUUUGUUGUCAUGGAAGUUAUCAAGGAUAAGGCAAGACAGCUGUUAGAGGUAAGGAAUAGGUUAGCUCAGACAGAGUCUGUGAAUAUCACAGACUACAAUCUUCUUCAUGAUCAACAUCGGGAAUUAUGUCCCUCAGACACAGUGUUCUCACUGGUAAUGAGAGAGCUGGUUGGUAAUAAAGAAGUGGUAAUUCAACAGGCAGAGGGGGACAGUAAGCUUGUGAAGUUCAUACAGAAAGAUAAAAAAGAAAAGAAAGAAGAAAAGAUAAAUGAACAAGAUGUGCAUAUACAUAGAAUACAGAAAGCACACACUGAGGUAAAAAGACAAAUAGAAGUAUUAUCAACGGAAGUACAUAGAUUAGCAUCAGAAGCUGUAUCAUAUAAACAGAAAGGCAUGACAAAAUUGGCAAUGAGCUGUAUGAGGAAGAGAAAGUUGGCACAGAUAAGAAUCGAUAAACUAACAGGUUCUAUGGAAACUUUAGAGGAAAUUUUAUACAGAAUCAAACAAGCUGAGUCCAAUGAAAUGAUUGUAAAAGCAAUAGAAGGAGGAACAAAUGUGCUACGUGACCUCACCAGUAAAACUUCAGCUGAUGAUGUUAAUACAGUCAUGGACAACCUAGCUGAUGUAACACAGACACAGGAAGAUAUAAUGAAUGAGUUGGGAAUACCAAGUUUUAUAGAGGAACCAUCACAGUCAGAACUGGAGGAGGAACUGUCAAUCAUUCUGAAUGAGGACACGCCUCCUAGGAAAACUUACAGGACAGGUGCUGACUCUGAUGUGGAGAGAGAAUUAGAUGAGAUUUUAAAUGAAACUGAUGAUACAAAGAAGACAAAGGAUUCUAGCAGGGAACUUGAAGACAUGCUAGAUGAUCUACAGUUACCUGAUGUACCUACUACGUCACCAUCAAAACCAAGACAAGAUAGGAAACAACUUGCUUUGUGACGCAACAUGUGUAUUUGAUGUGAGAUGAUUGAAUGAUUGACUGUAGAAAAGAUAUUAAAUAUUUAUUAACAUGAAAUUAUUGUCAAUAAAAUAUAACUUUUGUGAUACUGGAAAAGUGAAAUCAAGGGUAUAAAUAUUAUGAAUAUAUGCGUACAUGUAAAUAAUUUUAGUUUUUGAAAGGAAAAAGGUUGCCUGAGAUUCUAUUUGGUAAACUAUUUUAUUUUUCAUGUAAUUGCAAAGGACUUAAGCAAUGUCAAGGUGCUUUUCAAGUUAAUGCUUCUGUAUAAAAAAGAAAUGUUUUGCUUAUGUGAUCAAAUACAGAUGCAUACCAAAAUAUACACUGAAAAUAUU